UAGUGAGGUUGUGCAAUAACAACAUUAUACUACACAUUAUGUAUUGACUUAGAUGGUUAACUCUUGUGUCUCGUGUUAUUACACAACAAUAUUUGGGGUGGCGCGCCUGUCGCCCGAGUGUUUUGCUGCUCGGAGGUUUCUGCACAGAGAUGGCAAGAGGACCGUAGCAGACUGUGGGGCCUAUACGGUUGGUCAUUUUACCGACAACCGUAACGUUAGAACAGCAGAGACGCAGCGACUAGGAAAAGAGUGGAACAACGGACAAGAGGAACCAUGGGACACGGAGUGGGCUGAACCAGCGGGUCUAGCAGCACACACCAAUUGUUUCCCACUGUGGUGUAUGACAUGGCCACGGCCUCAUCUAGAGCAGAGUCUAGCCAUAACCACAGGGGAACUUCACAGCUCCAUGCCAUUGUUUCCUGUGCCAAAAUCAAGAGGAAGAAGAGCCUGUUUGGGGCUGCCAUUUAUGUGGAGGUGACAGCGGAGGGGGAGUCGCGCCGCACAGCGAAGUCUCACAGCUCCUCCAGUCCUAAAUGGGAUGAAAGGCUCACUCUGAAUGUAACACGGCACACACAGGUGGAUUUCAAAGUAUGGAGUCACCAUACCCUGAAGGCAGACGCUCUGCUGGGCAAAGCCACGCUGGACCUAUGUCAAGCCUUGGAGCAGCAUGACAGAAAAUUGGAGAAUGUGAAGGAGGUUCUCAAACUGAGCGUGGAGCAGAAGGGAGCUCUGGUUCCCACUGGGGAGCUGACUGUCUACCUAGAUGGCCUGACUGUCGCUGACCAGGAGGAACUGGCACCGCUUACCAACGGCAAUGCGGCAAAUGGCACCAAAGUCCAACAGAAUGGCGAUGCCAUCCAUGAAAAUGGCGACUCGUCUUCUUCUUCCUCAAGGGCUGCCAACAGCACAGUGAAUUGUACAGACUUGGUCCCAAGGUCAAGUUCCUAUUCGGUCUCCAAUGGUGUGGAUAGUCCGGUGCCAUCCAGCUCCUGCAGCCCUGCCCUUGGUCAUGUCGUCAAUGGAGACGCCACACCCAACUCCACCCCAGUCCACCAACCCUCAGACAGUGACACAGAGAGUAGGACGGUCAAUGGUGAGUCCUGUGAUGCUGCUCUCAGGCCAUCGUCUGCUACAACAGGUGAUGUGCUGCCCCCUGCAGAUGACCACGAGGACUGCAAUCAAGACGCCGCCCUGCCAGACCCUGAAACAGCCCCAGAUAGUGUAUCUCAAACCCUGCCAACCUCCACACAGGUUCCAUCCUCCUCUUCUGCUGCUAAGCCUAUUGAUGGCACUGCUGCUGAUUCCUCCACAUUCACCUCCCCAGCACAGGGAGCCCCCACCAUCACAACCUCCUCAUCAUCGUCCUCUUCCCCCCCAGCAAUGGGAGAAGCGAAUGCUUCAGGAGGUGGCGGUGGUAGUAGCUGUAGUAGCAGUGCAACUGUAACUACAGAUGAGGCCAAGCCCAGGCAGCAGGCCCCCAAUGCUGGAGCCUCAGAUCCUCUGCCACCAGGGUGGGAGCAGAGGAAAGACCCGCAUGGGAGAACUUAUUAUGUAGACCACAACACCAGAACUACGACCUGGGAAAGGCCACAGCCACUACCACCAGGAUGGGAGCGCCGAGUGGAUGACCGGGGCAGGAUCUAUUAUGUGGACCACAACACCCGCACUACCACAUGGCAGCGUCCCACUAUGGAAUCGGUCCGCAAUUUUGAGCAGUGGCAGAGCCAGCGCAGCCAGCUGCAGGGAGCUAUGCACCAGUUUAACCAGAGAUACCUCUACUCUGCAUCCAUGAUGUCUGCUGAGAAUGAUCCUCUUGGCCCGCUGCCUCCUGGAUGGGAGAGGCGGGUGGACUCCAAUGACAGAGUGUACUUUGUCAACCAUAACACCAAGACAACACAGUGGGAAGACCCCCGAACCCAAGGGCUACAGAAUGAGGACCCUCUUCCUGAAGGUUGGGAGAUCCGAUACACAAGGGAAGGGGUUCGAUACUUUGUGGAUCACAACACCCGAACAACCACUUUCAGCGACCCCCGCACUGGAAAGUCCUCUGUCACCAAAGGCCCUCAGAUUGCUUAUGAGCGCAGCUUUCGAUGGAAGCUUGCCCAUUUUCGCUACUUGUGCCAGUCCAAUGCUCUCCCUAGCCAUGUGAAGAUCACCGUCUCCAGACAGACGUUGUUUGAAGACUCUUUCCAGCAAGUAAGAGGGUUCUUCAACCACUGUCUGAUUAUGGCCCUGAAGCCUUACGACUUGAGGAGGAGACUCUAUGUUAUCUUCAGAGGCGAGGAGGGUCUAGACUAUGGUGGAUUAGCCCGAGAGUGGUUCUUCUUGUUGUCCCAUGAAGUGCUGAACCCCAUGUACUGUCUGUUUGAGUAUGCCGGAAAGAGCAACUACUGUCUGCAGAUCAAUCCGGCCUCCGCUAUCAACCCGGACCACCUCUCCUACUUCUGCUUCAUAGGCCGCUUCAUUGCAAUGGCACUUUUCCACGGCAAGUUCAUCGACACAGGCUUCUCUCUGCCUUUCUACAAACGCAUGCUGAACAAGAAGCUAAUACUCAAAGACCUGGAGUCCAUCGACCCGGAGUUCUACAACUCACUUAUAUGGAUCAGGGACAACAACAUUGAAGAGUGUGGUCUGGAGAUGUACUUCUCAGUGGACAUGGAGAUCCUGGGAAAGAUCACUUCUCAUGACCUCAAACCUGAUGGCGUCAAUGUUCUAGUUACUGAGGAGAACAAGGAGGAAUAUAUCGGUCUAAUGGCAGAGUGGAGGUUCUCCCGCGGGGUGGAAGGUCAGACCAAAGCUUUCCUGGACGGCUUCAACGAGGUGGUCCCACUUCAGUGGCUCCAGUACUUUGAUGAAAAGGAGCUCGAGGUGAUGCUGUGUGGCAUGCAGGAAGUAGAUCUUCAAGACUGGCAGAGGAACACCGUGUACCGUCACUACACAAGGAACAGCAAACAGAUCAUCUGGUUCUGGCAGCUGGUGAAAGAAGUGGACAACGAAGUGCGACUGCGGCUCAUGCAGUUUGUCACUGGAACCUGCAGGCUUCCUCUGGGCGGCUUCGCUGAACUCAUGGGAAGUAACGGGCCCCAGAAGUUCUGCAUUGAGAAGGUGGGGAAGGACACAUGGCUUCCUCGGAGCCACACUUGUUUCAACCGUCUUGACUUGCCUCCUUACAAGAGCUUCGAACAGCUAAAAGAGAAGCUGCUCUUUGCCAUCGAGGAAACCGAAGGAUUUGGCCAAGAAUGAAGGGAGGAGUCCUCGUAUUUCUCUCCCUCCCCAAGUAAAACAAACUAAAAAAGAAUUGCACAAGAUAACCACCAAUGUAUAUAAGCUAUUUUGUCAUUUAAAACCAAAUCUUAAUUUGCAGCAUCAUUUUUGCCGCAAUCCUGUUCUCCAGCCCUUAAAUAUUAUAUGAUACCCCAUCAUGAAAUAUGCAAGCAUUUCAGCAUUUUUGCUCCUGUUU